AUGAUACCCUUAAACGCUAUUAAUGAGAAGAAGCAUGUGUGUAAUCAUGAUAAUGAAAUAUCUUACAACAAUAUACCCUCUGACUAUUUUGAAACAUUUGAAAAUAAAUUUGGGAAAAGGUUUCUCCAAUUUUCUGAAGAUGCUUAACCAUUAAGAUUAACUUAUGAUAUUACCUAACUUUCUAACAGUGCGAACGGAACAGGAAUGACAGAUGCUAAAAGAAAUUACAUAGUUAAAAUACUUAAAGCUGCCUAAGUUUUCUUUAAAAAUCUCAUUCAAAUAUAACCUAGAUCUACUCCAAUAAAAUCAUAAGGACUUAGAUUUUGUGGUUAAGCUCCAUUUAUUAUGUAUUAUCCUCCUGAAUUAUUGAAGAAUGGUUAAGGUAUUUAUAAUUCUGAUAUGCAUCUAUUAGUGACAUACUUUAAUGAUAAUACUAGUUCCUAAUUAGCAAGUGCAGGUUUUUGUGAGUUAGAUCCAAAUCCAAUCAUUGCAAGAGUUAGAUUCAACAUUGGAACUAUGAGUAUGUCAGAAGACAAUACUACCUUCUAAGAAAACGUUUCUGUAGCCCUUCAUGAACUUACUCAUGCUUUAGGUUUUUCUGGAGGUGCAGUUCAAUAUUGGAUUGAUCCAGAAACAGGAAGGCCAUAUGGAUCUUCGACUGUUUCUAAGGUUUUAUAAUAUACUAAUCUGUGGGGUUUUUCAAGGGUGAGCAAAAUAUCUUCUUAAAAUGUCCUUCAAGUAGCAAGAAACUAUUUUGCUUGUUCAACAAUAGAUGGAAUGUUUUUAGAAAAUUAAGGUGGAUCUGGAUCUAUGGGAUCGCAUUGGGAAAAAGACUUAAUUAGGAAUGAAUAUAUGACAGCUUCUUAAGUGUAAGGAAGUGUAAUCAGUGAGUUUACUGCUGCUCUACUUAGAGAUACUGGCUUUUAUGCAAGUAUUAAUAGUAACCUUCUAAGCCCUAUUUACUGGGGUAAAUACAAAGGAUGUGAUUUCUUCUAUAACGUAUGUAAUUCAACUACAACAUCUUAUCCAGAAUUUUAACCAAGUAAUAGCAUUAAUUAAUAAAAAUGCGAUUUUUACAAUAUGGCUAUAGGAAUUGUAAGCUCUACUAUUGAUAUUUUCUCAUAAUGUCCAAUUACCUAGCCUUAUCAAAAUGAGUUUUGCUAAGACCCAUAAUUUAAACCGAAUGAGUAGAAUAGAAUGAACACUGGAGUUAAUUCAUAUUGCUUUUAGUCAACUGCAUUAAAAAAUGGAUAUACUUCUAAUUCUUAGUAUAAAAACUAAAGAUGUAAUAAAAUUAAUUGUAACAGUGAUUUUUCAAUAAUCACUGUUUAUCUUUGGCAAUAAGAGUCAUUUAACUGUACCUCACCAGGAUAAGUGAUAGAUUUAUCUAAAGUUUCAACAACAACUUAUGGAGUUUUUACAUGUCCUUAAGAUUUUUAAAUGAUUUGCAGUUAACCUAAAACUUGUCCUAAUUAAUGUUCAUCUAAUGGAGUCUGCAUUAAUGGAUACUGUAUUUGUAUUAAUGGAUAUGCAGGAUAAGAUUGCUCUAUAAAAUGUGAUUCUCCUAACGUAUAUGAUGGAACUAGAUGUAUUUCUUAAUGCCCUAAUAACACUUUUAAAAAUCCAGAUAAUACAUGUAAGCCAAGCUGUCCUAAAGGAUAUUAUUAAGAUUAUUCAUUAUAAUCUUGCCUUUUAUGUCAUUCUAAUUGUUCUACUUGUACAGGUAGUUCACCUUCAUAAUGUUCUUCUUGUAAUUUAGGUUUUGAGUUAGAUGGUACUACUUGUAUUGAACAUAUCUGCCACGAGUCAUGCGGGACAUGUUAUGGUUCAUAAUAUGACUAAUGCACUAGCUGUUAAUCUGGUUAUACUUAAAAAGGUUCAACAUGUAUUUCAAACUGCCACUCUUCUUGUAAAACUUGUUCUGUUUUUUAUGAUGCUAAUUCUUGCACUUCUUGUGAUGAUGGAUUUUAUUUUAACAAUAAUUAAUGCAUUUAAUGUCCAUCUUAAUGUGCUACUUGUGAGACCUAAAAUCAAAAUGGUACUUUAAUAGUUUAAUGUAUUUUUUGUAAUUACGGAUAUACAAUGAUUAAUGAUAUUUGCCUCUAGUGCACUUAUCCAUGUGCUGACUGCUAUGAUAACUAAACUAGUUGCACAGAAUGUGCCAGAAGCCAUAUACUUAAUGUAAAUGUCUGUGAGCCUACAUGUGACGAAAGUUGUUAGACUUGUUCUAAGUUUGUUGAUCCUAAUAGUUGUACUAGUUGUUAUCCUGGAUAAUACCUAGAAACAAGUAGCUAAGUAGAUUAAGGUACUUGCAUACAAUGCCAAAGUAACUGUUCAACUUGUAGAAAUGGAUAAAGCUGUGAUUCCUGUAUUUCUGGUUAUUUAUUAUAAAGUGAUGGAAUUUGUACACCUAUUUGUGAUGAAUCCUGUUUGACUUGCUCAAGUCCAAAUGAUAGAAAUUCAUGCUUAUCUUGUAGAGCUCCUUUUGUAUUGUAAAAUAAGCAAUGCUUGUAAUGCGGAAACGGAUUUUAUUAUGACAAUGGAUCGUGUGUUAGCUGCAGUUAAAAUUGUUAAAGCUGCUAAAAUAAAUUAAAAUGUAAUGUUUGUCUUGAAGGAUAUAACUUAGAUAAAUAUUUUAAUUGUGUUCCUUUAAAUUCUUGUCAUUAAACUUGUAAAAAUUGUGUUGGGGAUUCUUACUUUUAAUGCACUUCUUGUCCUCAAAAUAGGCAAUUAAUUAAAUUAGAUGCUUCUUUGAGCUUUGGGAUAUGCUAAUGUCCAGAAAAUACUACAGAUUAUAACGAUUCUGAUUGUCCAUAGUCUAAUACAUAGAAAUAUAUUUUAUAAACUGUAAUUGGAUCUUUUUCAGGAUCAGCAUUGACUUCUCUUUUAACGAGUAUUGGAUUUUAAAAUCCUUUGAUAAUUUUAUCAUACUUUACACUUAGUUAAGGCAUAAGUUAUUUCAAUUUAUUGAAUGCCAAACAAUCAGUUGGAUUUGAUGAGGCUUUAGGGAUAAUUUAAUUUUCAAAUUUUGAGUUUUAAUCAUUAAAAUCUAUAGAUGAAGUUAGUAAUUCAACAAGAAAUUUAUCUGAAUAAAAUCCUGCGUUUUAAUAAAGCAACAUCACUUCAAUCACUUACAACCCUAAAAUAAUUCUAAAUCAUAAAUCAAAUAAGUUCUUACAAAACUCACAAGUCAUUUUAUGGAUUUAAGAGUAAAAUCUUAUUAUUAAUUAAUAAAAUGAAUAGGUAUUGUUUGGAUAAUUAGCAUUUUUACUUAUUUGA